AUGAAUACCCUAUCUUUUCUGUUUGUGACUCUAGAAUUAUUCUUCAUCCUCAGAAGCUCCAGAGCAGCAGAUACCAUCAGGCCAUCCCAAUAUUUGAGAGAUGGGGACACCUUGGUUUCCAGCGGAGGGAAAUUUGAACUGGGUUUCUUCAGCCUCGGCAACAAUUCCAGCAGACUCUACCUGGGAAUAUGGUACAAAACCAUCCCAGUUCGAACAGUUGUGUGGGUUGCGAACAGAGAUAAACCCAUUCUGGACACCCCUGGCACCUUGACGAUCAACGGCACCGGUUGUCUCCUGCUCCUCGGCCGGAAUCAGAAAGUUGCGUGGUCAUCAUCACAACAGGCCAGAGCUACUACUAAUCCAGUAGCACAGCUCUUAGAUACCGGAAAUUUUGUUGUAAGAUCAGAUGAGCAAAAAGACAGCAAUUCUGAAACUGGAAGCAGUCACUAUCUGUGGCAAAGCUUUGACUACAUAGGCGAUACUUUUCUUCCUGGGAUGAAGCUUGGAACAGACUUAAAGACCGGUCUGGUCCGGCGCAUGUCGGCGUGGAAGAGCCCCUAUGAUCCGUCUCCGGGACUGCUUAGCUUCGAGAUAGAACUUAACGCUUACCCCGAAGCUCUGAUGAGAAAAGGCUCAGCCAAGUUUUUCCGAAACGGUCCAUGGAAUGGCCUCCGGUUUAGCGGAGCUCCGGAGAUGAUACCGAACGUGGUUUUCGAUUUUAGGUUCGUUGCCAAUUCAGAGGAGGUGUACUACGCUUACCAGCCGAGCAACGAGUCUAUCAUCUCCAUCUACAAGUUGAACGACACCUCCGGUUCUGGUAUCCGUUACAUUUGGAUUGAAGCUGAAAAGACAUGGAAAACCUACCUGUCAGUUCCGAGAGACUACUGCGACAGCUAUGGUUUGUGCGGUGCGCACGGAAUUUGUGUGAUCGGUGAUCAGUUUCCUGUUUGCCAGUGUCUAAAGGGGUUUACGCCCAAGUCGCCAGAACAGUGGAACAUAAUGGAUUGGUCAGAUGGCUGUGUGAGAAAGAAGCCGUUGGGGUGUGGAAUAAAAGAUGGAUUUCUCAAGUUUGACGGGUUGAAAGUUCCGGACACGACGCGAACUUGGGUGAACAAAAGCAUGCGUCUUACGGAUUGCAGGCGGAAUUGUUUGGACAACUGUUCCUGUAUGGCUUAUGCCAAGGCGGAUGUUAGAGGAAGAGGCAGUGGAUGUGUCAUGUGGUUUGGUGAUCUAGUAGAUAUGCGGCAGAUUCCGGUCAGCGAUCAGGAGUUGCAUAUUCGAGUAUCGCUUUCAGAAAUGAGUAAGGACAGCAACAUAGGGAAUGGUUGCAAUAAAGAAAUGCAAGAGGGAGACGUGGAGUUGCCAACAUUUGACAUCACUAGUGUAGCUAAUGCCACUAAUAACUUUUCAGUUGACAAGAAGCUUGGAGAAGGUGGCUUCGGACCUGUGUACAAGGGCACAUUGUUAGAUGGUCAAGAAAUUGCUGUGAAAAGACUUUCCUUAAGCUCUAGACAGGGUUUGAACGAGUUCAAAAAUGAAGUUGCACUUAUGGCCAAGCUUCAACAUCGAAAUCUAGCAAAACUUUUUGGUUGUUGCAUCGAAGGAGAUGAAAGAAUGUUGAUUUAUGAAUACAUGUCUAAUAAAAGCUUGGACUUCUUUAUAUUUGAUCGAGCAAAAGGUAAACUAUUAGAGUGGUCAACACGUUUUCACAUUAUUCUCGGAAUUGCUCGAGGACUUCUGUAUCUUCAUCAAGAUUCCAGGUUAAGAAUUAUCCAUAGAGAUUUGAAAGCAAGUAAUGUGUUGCUUGACAAUGAAAUGAAUGCAAAAAUUUCAGACUUUGGCUUAGCUAGAUGCUUUGAAAAUAAUCAGACAGCGGCAAAUACAACUAGAGUGGUUGGAACUUAUGGUUAUAUAGCACCAGAAUAUGCUAUUGGUGGGUUAUUCUCAAUCAAAUCCGAUGUCUUUAGCUUUGGUGUCUUACUACUUGAGAUAGUAAGUGGAAAGAGAAAUAGAGGAUUUUAUCACCCAAGCCAUGACCUGAACCUUAUUGGACAUGCAUGGAGGUUAUGGAAAGAAGGCAAACCCUUGGAGUUCAUUGAUGAUUCCUUGUCCAAGGACUUCAACUAUGUAUCUGAAAUGCUAAGAAGCAUCCAUGUUGGACUACUAUGCGUACAACAAGAACCUGAUGAUAGGCCAAACAUGUCUUUUGCGGUUCUAAUGUUGAGUAGUGACACUAUACUGCCUCAACCCAAAAAGCCAGGCUUUUUUUUUGGAUAG